UCGCAGCAGCAAAUACUCGCCCUUUGAACACGGCUACCCCGCUGCGCCGUUGCAGCUGCACACUGACGACUCCUCGCACGCCGCGCGCGCUCGACUCCCACUGCCAACCUCCACUACCGCCUGCCCACUUUUGGGCCCCAGCUGCUCGCUUGCGACGACUCCGCGACACCCUCUUGCCAUCGUGUACCUGCGGUAUCACCCUCGUCGGAGAGCUGUGCAGCUCUGCAUCAACGCCUGACAAUGGCCAACGGCACACAUGGACAUCUCUCGACGCCGCGGGCGCGGAAUGGCGAACCUCAGCCCGCUCUGGCUCCCGAGCCCGUCAGUGCGAAGCGCGACCUCACAUCUUGGUGGAAGCAGUUUAGCAAACGUGGCGUCCUGAAGAAGGAAGAAGAGAAAGGUACGACGCUUCUAAUCUCAUCAACAUUCCUACCUCUCUGCUGGGUAUGGAACAGUUGGCCAAUGGCAUCCUCCAUGUCCAAACAUCCAAUCUGCCAUUUGGGCCAUGCAUUCCUCUUGCGCAUCGCUGACAUCUUUACCUGAGCUACAGAGCCUGAACUACCUAAAGGCAUAUUCGGUGUG